UCUCCUCUGUUAUCAGAACGAGGCAGGCUUCUCUCGACGUUGAUGAAAAACAUGAAGAGUUUCACUUGCUGCCUGGUAUUGACUUUUAUCCUUGUUACUGGGAUAAUCACAGUCAAAUCAGGAAACCCUCACGAUGCUGACAUAGAGGACAAUGAUUUUGCAGAAUUUGAGGAUUUUGAAGAUGUUGAAGUGUUGGAGGACGGAGACAGGGCUGAAUUUCCUGAGGAUGUUGAAGUUCAGCAGCAGAAAGAAGGAGAUGUUGAGGGAGAGGAUGAAGACGACAGUACUAUAGAGACUGAAGACGAUGAUGAUGAGUUUGAUCACUUCACAGAUGAAGAUGAGUUCAUUGGAUUUGAUAAAAGUCAAAGUCCAAGCUCAGGAAAGUCUAAAGAUCUUCCUGAUUUGAAAAUGGCCAAGGUGCCUGGUCAUUUGCGUACAAACUGGGACAGUUUCUACAUGGAGAUCCUGAUGCUGGCUGGUCUUGCUGUUUACUUCCUCAACUUCAUCCAUGGUAAAAACAAGAACCACAAGUUAGCCCAGGCCUGGCUUCAGUCUAACCGUGAGCUGCUGGAGGGUAACUUCCAUAUUGUUGGUGAUGACGGAUCCACGAAAGAGGCCCAGGCAGGUACCCUGAUGAAGGAGUCGGAGAAUGUGUAUGCACUCUGGUGCAGUGGACGUACUGCUCUAGAGGGGAUGUUGGUGGAGCUUAGAUUACUGAAGAGGCAGGAUCUUAUCAGUACAAUGACCAAUAUGUUUAAACCAGCCUCAGAUCAAAUAUUGGUGACGAUAGACCUAGAUAAGAAUGUUAUGGACAAGUUUGUAUUUGCCAUCGCUACAAAGAGGAGCUGUUCCAAGUUACACAAAGAGAUGAUAGAUUUGAGUCAGUUUACAGAAAAGAAGAAUUUAGAUAGAUAUACUGAUCUUCCAAACUCGUACCAACUACUGAGUGAGGUGGGAGAGGCAUCUAAUGCUCUUUUAGAUAAAAAGGUUUGCCAGGUGCUGACCAAGUUUGAAGGUCUGGUAGAGUUUAUGCAUUUCUCUGACCAGUUCUGUGGGGCUAAAUCACAAGAUGAGUCCCAAACUACGAAAAUGCCUGAAGUUAAACCUGUAAUGAUAUUUUGCUUUAAUGUACCAGGCAAAGGUAAAAGUAAGCCUGCAGAUAUGGAGCAUAUGAAACCCUUACUACAGCUAGUCUUUUACUGUCUGGAGAAAGUCAGUCGCCUGCAGUUAGGAAAGGAGGCAAGAAACAAGUCAGAAAAGAAUAGGAAGAAGGCAGAAGAACAAUUCCUGAAGGCGGCUCAUUCUCAGCUUCAGGAGGCAGCACAACUUCGCCGUGAGGAGAAACGACGACAAGAAAAAGAACGAAUGAUGAAUGAAGAGGAUCCUGAUAAAACGAGGAAGUGGGAGGAGAGAGAAAGUCGGAGAGAAAUGAAGAGGAAACAACCAAAAAUGAAAAUGAUGAAGAUCUGAUUUUGGAUGUGUUAUCGGGAUGUUGAUGUAACAAGUUGGAAGAAAUAUGGAAAAAACCUGUCCAGUUGAAAGUGUUGUGUGUAAGGAUGAUACACCAAUUUUUGUUGCAAUCCAUUAAUUCUUAAGAUUUAUAAACUAUGAAUAGAAGUCGGUAAUAAUUAUUUGUUAGAGCCAAUAUUCCUUAAAUGUGGUUUGGUAUUAUAGGUUUUCAUCCAAUCCUUUGAUUUCAUCUUCCCAGAAACUUUCUUUAUGAUGAUGUUUCAAAGCCAAAAUUUCAACCAAUAUAUAAAUUUCUGCAAAGCAGGAUUACGAGUAUUUUAAAUGCCACAUUUUUGGUGGUAGAAAAUACACCCUUUAUUACUUUUGUCAAAUCAUUCCACAUCAUUGUAUUUCCAGGAGAUCAUGUAGAUCCAAUAGACCGCUUGUUAUAUAGUACACCUCAUCCCACCUUCCUUUAUACAGAUCACAUUGUCUUUACAAGGGAGACAACUUUAUGCAGGAAAUAAUUUACUCUUAUGUUUUCAUACAGAUCAAUGUUAGAUACAAAGCCACUCUAUAUAUCACAUGACAUUUUGAUGAACUUCUUAAUUUUCACAGAAUUGAUGUAAAUUUUUGCAUCUUGCUUCCAUAACUGAUUUAGUUUUUUGAGGUAUUUUUUUGUGGUAUAUUUACCAAUAGUCAGAUUGUCCAGGUAAUUUAAUUAUGAUUCAGCCAUGUCUGCACAGCAUAAGAAACCCAUCCCACACGUACAUGUCCUAACUGUACCAACACUGGAUGAACAAAUAUCACAUUUCCCUUCCUCAUAUAUAUGUACCUUAACAUAACAAUCUAGCGGGGGUUCUCAUUGGAGUAAUAAAAUACCAAUCCAUGUUUCACAGUUUGAUAUUUUGCAGUCAUGCAAGUACAGCAUGUACCAGCAAAAAUUUCCAGUUUUUCAGUGCAAUUAUAAAACUAAUAAAUUUAUAUCAGGUUGUUUCUGUGCAAAAGAAGACCUUGUAUUCGGUUUCACAUUUAAAUCUAUGCUGGUAUGUUUGCUGUAAUUUAAGAUUAGAUAUGUUUUCCAUAACUCCCAUAUAAGUUAUACCAAUCAUUUGAGUUGGCAAAAAUGUGUUUUGUUUCAGUUUGAUGUUGUGAAUGAGUGGUUGGUGUGCUGUCUUUUGUAAAGUCAAAUUUGCAUAAAAUGUUUACGAGAUUUUGAUAUAAAAAAAUCUUUUUAUUUAAAAACUGUAAUAUUAAAACUGUAUAUAUUUAUGUCAUAUACUUUACAUAUAAUAAUAAUAAUCAGGAUUAGAAAUUAAUAAAAUCUUACCGGGUAAGUUUGUAGGACAUCUGAUACAGUUUAACCGAGGAUUGAAUUGUUGAACCAUGCCUUAUUAGCUCACCUGGUCCAGGUGAGCGAUACAGGCCCUCUGGGCCUCUUGUAUAAUUAUAGACUAUAAUUUAUCAGAUAUCGAUAAAGUUACUGCGUGUUUCAAAUACUCUCAGAAAUUGUCAUCUGAAAUUAUAAUUAUGCGAGGAUAUACAUUCAAUAUGCAAAUAAUUUUAAUGUCGUAGCUUUACUUAACAUGUAUUUCAAUAGUUUCAAGAUAAUAUCAUAAACUUUGAUAUCUCAAAAGUUCCAAAUACAAUGUACUUGUAUGCAGUCCUGGUGGCACCAGAUUAACAGUAUUUAGUUACCAUGGUAACACUGCACAUGAUUUACAAAAAUACCUUAUAUUAUUUGCUUUACACUUGAAUGAGAACAGUUUGUGUUGGGUAGAUAUACCUAUUACUGGCUGGGCUGAUUGGAUACACAUGUGAUUUGUUACUUAAUUUGUCUGUCGAUGAAUGAGACAACAUAUUGAUGAUAAUGAUGUUUAUAAAAUAGAAAAAUAAUUUAUUCAUAUUGUGUCACAUGUACCAGAAAACUAGAAUAUUUCAAGGACAUUCUCCAUCAGAUUUUUGGGGUGUAAUAAUUAAUUAUGCUGUUCUAGUCUGUACUAGUAUUUUCUUAUGUUUCUAUCUAGCCAGCUCAGUAAAUGUUUUUAAAAAGUGUGUUCAACUUUAUAUUAUCUGAAUCACUACAGUUUUGUGGCAUUAGAAAUGUCUAUUUGAGGUAAUAAAACAUGUCAUUACUGGA